AUGGGAAGCUCUGUCACGAUCACAAUUGCACGAUCUAUCCGAGUCGCACAGGCUGGCCACUACACGAGUAGUGAUCCACCCAACAACAAUGGCAACGACGCACAGUCGAACUUCCUUGGCAAUCACAGCAGCAGAAGGCGAAAAGUCGAUAAAAUGUUGCAGUUGAACACUAUUGAGAAUGGUGUGGCGCACGCCGACGUCUGA